AUGACCGACCUCGCCGCACUCCGCGCACGCUUUGCCGAGGCGGGCCAGGAACAAGUCUUUGCCUUCUGGGACACCUUGUCCGACGACGAUAAGAACGCACUUGUGGAGCAACUGAGCAUUGUAGACCCUGUGCGUUUAAACCGCAUCGUACAACAGGCGCUCGACGCCGACGAAGCUGCACGCAACGCUUCGGGCGUCGAUGUUGCGCCCCCGCCCGAGGACAUCGUUGUGUCCACGGUCAAUGACGAGGAUGCAGCACACCACUACACCAAAAUUGGACUGGAUGCGAUCGGUGCCGGGAGCGUCGGCGUGCUGCUCCUCGCCGGCGGCCAAGGCACAAGGCUUGGCUCGUCUGCCCCGAAAGGCUGCUUCGACAUCCAGCUCCCGAGCCACAAGAGCCUCUUCCAGCUCCAGGCCGAGCGGAUUCGCAAGCUGGAGCAGCUUGCGGCGGAGCACGCCGGAAAAAACAAGGUGGUGAUUCCGUGGUACGUCAUGACCUCUGGCCCCACCCGAGCGCCCACCGAGGCCUUUUUUGUCGAGCACCGCUACUUUGGCCUUGCGAAGGAAAAUGUGAUCUUUUUUGAGCAGGGUACGCUCCCGUGCAUCUCGAACGAGGGCAAGAUUAUGCUCGAUGCGCCCCACAAGAUUGCCACGGCGCCGGACGGCAAUGGCGGUGUGUACGCCGCGCUGCGCGCGCCGAUGCGCAAAGGAACGCAAGACACGGUCAUUUCCGAUCUUGAGAAGCGCGGGAUCAAGUACCUGCAUGCCUACGGAGUGGACAACUGUCUUGUGCGUGUGGGUGACCCCGUGUUUAUCGGCGUCUGUGUCGAAAAACAGGUGCCGACGGGCGUUAAGGUCGUGCAGAAAACGGAACCUGGGGAGGCUGUCGGCGUAGUGGCGCGCAAGAAUGGCAAGUUUAGCGUUGUGGAGUACUCUGAGAUCCCUACGGAGUUGAGCGAGGCCAAAGACGCCCAUGGCCAGCUGCUCUUGCGCGAUGCCAACAUUGCGAACCACUUUUACACCACCGAGUUUCUUGCCAAGCAGGUGCCGUCUUUCGAGCACGAGAUGGCUUACCACGUCGCGCGCAAGAAAAUACCUACUGUAGACCUCCGCACUGGCGAGCGGGUCAAGCCAGACACGCCAAACGGGAUCAAGAUGGAGCUAUUCAUCUUUGACGUGUUCCCUUUCUGCCCGAAACUCGCAAUCCACGAAGUGGCACGCCGCGAAGAGUUUAGCCCGCUCAAGAAUGCGAGUGGGUCAAAAUCGGACAAUUCGGAGACCUCGCGCAGAGACCUGCUUGCGCAGCAAGCGCGCUGGCUCGAAAAGAACGGCGCGAUCCUUGCCGAGGGCGCAGCGGUGGAGCUGAGCCCAUUGGUUACCUACGCGGGCGAAGGCCUGGACCUUGUCCACGGCCGCACGUUUGACAAGACCGAGAAUAUAGAAAAGCUUUAG